UCAGCGUGUGUUAGAAGGAGUCUUUACCUGCACGGUUGUGAGAGAAAUGGCGAGCUGGUGUGUCCGAGCUGUGAGACAGAGCUACUCACUCGUAGCUUCACCUGCGCUAAUACGAGCAUCUCCACGAUUGUUAUGUACAGCCACACAGCAGAAGAGUGGCGGUGGGUCAGAGGAGGAGGCCGAAAAGCCUGAACAGGGUGCAGCAGAGAAAGCCCUGCAGGAGGAGAAGACCCAGCUGGAGGAGCAGAUCAAGGACAUGACAGAAAGAUACAAGCGGGCCUUAGCGGACACAGAGAACCUCAGGACGAGGAAUCAGAAAAUGGUAGAAGACGCUAAACUAUACGGGAUCCAGGGCUUUUGUAAGGACCUGCUGGAGGUGGCCGACAUCCUGGAGAAGGCCACUGAGAGCGUGCCCAAAGAGGAGGUGUCGAGCCAGAACCCCCACCUGAAGAACCUGUAUGACGGCCUGGUGAUGACCGAGGUCCAGAUCCAGAAGGUGUUCACCAAGCACGGCCUGGUCAAGCUCAACCCCGAUGGCCAAAAGUUCGACCCCUACGAGCACGAGGCCCUCUUCCACGCCCCCGUGGAGGGCAAGGAGCCUGGCACCGUUGCCAUUGUAACCAAGGUGGGGUACAAGCUCCACGGUCGCACCCUCAGACCAGCGCUGGUGGGUGUGGCCAAAGCCUCCUAGAAGUGAUGGAACUGUGACGAAGUGUGAUUUGACUUGUUGCCUGAACGAUGGAUGACCUCAGGUACAGCAGACUGGUCAAGGCACCCUGACACCCCCCCACCCUAAGGUGCCUCAAAGAGAUGGGAACCCAACGGAACUGAACUUUGUAUCUGGACAAUAUCCAGCAGUUUUUUUUAACAGAUACAUAACUUGUUGUCUGGCACAGGACAGUAAAAUUUCAUUUUCAUUUCAGAGUCAGUUAUUGUCAGAUCACUUUAAAAAGAUGUCACCAGAUCAGAGGCAGAGGUUUUAUUGAGAGCCAUAAAUGUUAACUGGAAGAGAAGCAGUUUAAAUGUGACAUUUCAAUCAUUUUAAAAAUAGAGAAAAACAAAUCAUAAACCCUGCUAAUUUUGAGAUGUUGUGUUUUUUGGGUGAGCUAUGAUCUAAAACGACAAAGUGAGUGGUGGUGAUUCUGAAGUGCUGGUAUCAUUCCGGACUUUAUUUUUAUUUAAAGCCCUAAUUAUGUUGAACUUGACUCCUCAGUUGUCUUUUUUUGUUUGUAGGAUUUAGAUCCACUCUGUAACAAAGUAAAACUAGGAACAGGUUUUUCUUUGUACUGAGGUGGGCUUCACAAAUUAAUGUAAAGAAAGAUCUUUCAGUGGUCUGGAUGUGAUCAGGCUCCAGUAAGCUAGCCUCAGUCGUUAUGUUCUGACGCCACAGUUUCUAUCUGUACAGUGAUGUAACAGCUUUAUCUGUAAACUUUUAGAAUAACUAAGUGUAUGGACAUUUGUUCAAACUGUCACAGCAGCAGAAUAAACUGAUCUCAUCU